AUGGAUGAUUGUAAGGCUGUCUCAACACCACUAUGUCCUAAUACCAAACUCUCACUAGAGUACACCACUGAAGCUGUUCCUUCAACAUUUUACAGGUCAAUCAUUGGUAGCUUACUGUAUGUUACUGUUUCAAGGCCUGAUAUAAUGUAUUCAGUGGGUUUCGUGGCCAAAUUUCAAAGUAAUCCAAAGGUUUCUCAUUUUCAAGCUGCCAAAAGAAUUCUCAGAUAUGUUAAGGGCACCAUCUCAUAUGGUCUAUACUACACUUUCUCACCCUCAAUGUCUAUUGCAGCCUUCUUAGAUGCUGAUUAG